GUGUCAAGGUUAUUUGUCAACAAGGUAGACACAUCAUUUAAAGGACAGCUGUAUUGUGUAGUAGAAGUUAACGCACAUGUGUAUCAAACUGAUUGUAACACAAUCGUUUAUGUCCAACCAGAUCACCCCUUGUGGCUUCUAGAUAAUACAACUAACUGGAGUGAUUUAAGAGAAGGCGAUUACAGAGACAUAACAUGCCAAGCCUUGAAUGGAGAACCUUGUGUCCGCUCUAUGUCUAUUGAGUGCAAGAAAGGAAGUGAGAUGAUGGCGUCUGCCGCCGCUGCUAGCAACAAAGUAUACAUGAGAAUCCUCCUGAACAGAACUAUGGAUCAGAUGACAUGCUUCUGUCAAGCAAAGCAUGUGCUACGUGAAUUCAGAGCGAAUCAAACAUUCAACGUCAAAUAUCGCCCGCUUUGUCCUCAUAACUUAACAGUUGUAACCGUGGGUGUAAGCUUUAUAACAUUUUCCUGGACACCUGGAUUUGACGGCGGACUGCGUCAAAGUUUUAUCAUUCAAGAUGUGACAAGAGGAAAUAUUCUGGCGAAUAUCAGUGACGACAAGACGGGUGGAGUUCACGUGGUUUAUAACAUCACUGGCUUACCAGGGAACACAGGAUACACAGUAUCCGUUGAUGCCGAGAACAAUGAGGGGAGAACACUCUGCCGUCAGAAUUCUAUAAACGUUACCACUGCAGACACAUAUUAA